UUUGCUCUAAGAGGAGACUCCCGGACUCAGAGAAACGCCGACCGCCCUCGGAGGCCGGAUGCUAAGCAGCCACAGCUGUGAGCGCCCUGGAAGUUCUUUUCAGUUCUUCUGUCUGUCCCAGCAACCCCCAGAGGCUCUGACAUCCCUCCAUGAAUCCCCGGAAGAAGGUGGACCUGAAGCUCAUCAUCAUUGGAGCCCUGGGUGUAGGAAAGACUUCCCUCCUCCACCGGUAUGUGCACAAGACAUUUUAUGAGGACUACCAGACCACGCUGGGGGCCAGCAUCCUCUCCAAGAUUAUCAUCCUGGACGACACAACUUUGAAGCUGCAGAUCUGGGACACAGGCGGACAGGAGCGGUUUCGCUCCAUGGUGUCCACAUUCUACAAAGGCUCCGACGGCUGCAUCCUGGCUUUCGAUGUCACCGACCUAGAGUCCUUUGAAGCGUUGGACACCUGGCGGGGUGAUGUUCUGGCCAAAACUAUUCCAGUGGAGCCCUCCUACCCCAUGGUGGUGCUGGGAAACAAGAUUGAUCUCGCAGACCGGCAGGUGCCCCAGGAGGUAGCCCAAGGUUGGUGUAAAGAGAAGGAUAUCCCCUACUUUGAAGUCAGUGCCAAGAAUGACAUCAACGUGGUACAAGCCUUUGAGAUGCUGGCCAGCCGGGCUCUGUCCAGGUAUCGCAGCAUCUUAGAGAACUACCUCACAGACUCCAUCAAGCUCUCACCAGAAGACCAGUCCAGGAGUAAAUGUUGCUGAUCAUUCAGACUCCCGCCCUGGUGCUCAGAUGAAGCCUGCCUGGGACCUGGGCAUCCCAGCCCCCGCCAGCCCCCCGC